GUUAAUAAAAACGACGGAACCAAUACUGUCUAAUAUGAGUUCGGUCGUUCGCUAUUUUUGCCCUUUUCAAUAAGAACGACAAAAGCAAUUGCACAUAAUGCUUAAAAACGACCCAAAUUUUAAUUCUAAUAAAACAGCACCAGAAACUUGCUCGAGCCAAAUCCCUGUGACAUGAAAUACAUUUCCCUCCAUUUCCACCGGUAACAAUUGCUAACGGUACUUUUUCUUUUUGUCCGGUUUCUAGUACAUCAAUGAGAUCUCUUCCAUGGCCAAGACGCCUCAAACCUCUCCUCUUAGCUUGCAAAGACAAAAUAUCCGUUGCCCAAAUCCACGCUCUCAUGCUCACAACUGGUUUCUCCGUCGAUGCGAACUGCACUAGCCGUCUAAUCGCAUCAUACGCGCGCAUUGGUGACAUCAUUUCUGCCCGCUAUAUAUUCGACAAAUUGCCUCAAAAAGGCGUGGAUGCAUGGAAUUCGAUGAUCAUUAUAUAUUCUAACAGAAUUAACCCGACUGAAGUUUUACAUCUUUACAACGAAAUGAUAACUGAGAGAGUUAGACCUGAUAGCUCUACUUUCACCAUCGCACUAAAGGCUUGUUCAAGCUUGAUGGAACUAGAAGCAGGAGAGGUAAUUUGGAGUCAGGCGAUGGAUUUUGGAUAUGGGAAUGAUGUGUUUGUUGGGUCGUCUGUUUUGAAUUUGUACGCCAAGUGUGGGAAAAUGGAUAAAGCUAAGGUGGUGUUUGACAAAAUGGUUAAAAAGGAUGUUGUCAGUUGGACUACUAUGAUAAUAGGAUUUGUGCAAACUGGGCAGGCAUCGGAAGCAAUUGCUAUUUAUAGGAGAAUGCAAAAGGAAGGGAUCAAAGGAGAUGGGAUUGCAACUGUGGGGUUGAUUCAGGCUUGUGGUUCUAUUGGGGAUUCAAGAUUGAGUCUUUCUGUUCACGGGUAUAUAAUUAGGAGAGAAAUAGGCAUGCAUAAUGUCCUCCUUCAAACUAGCCUUGUGGAUAUGCAUGCUAAGAAUGGACAAUUGGAGCGUGCUUCUCUUGUCUUCAAGGAGAUGAAAUAUAAGACUGUGGUUUCUUGGGGAGCAUUGAUUUCUGGCUUUGCUCAAAAUGGUUUUGCAGGGAAGGCAGUUGCAUUGUUGGUUGAGAUGCAGACUUUUGGAUUCAGACCAGAUUCUGUUUCUCUUAUCAGUGCACUUUCUGCGUGUUCACAAGUUGGUUAUUUGAAAUGGGGAAAAUCUUUACAUGGAUAUAUUGUUAGAAGGUUCCAUUUUGAGCAAGUUUCAGGCACUGCUUUGAUUGAUAUGUAUGCAAAAUGUGGAGCACUUUCUUGUGCACGAGCUUUAUUUUAUCUGAUAGAAUCUAAGGACUUAAUACUGUGGAAUGCAAUGAUUUCAAGCUAUGGAAUCCAUGGAUAUGGAAAGGAAGCUCUCUCACUAUUCCUCAAGAUGAGGGAAACAAACUUAAAUCCAGAUCAUGCAACUUUUGCUUCUCUUCUCUCAGCCUUUAGCCACUCGGGCCUAGUAGAAGAAGGUCAAUACUGGUUUCAUAUCAUGGUUAAUGAACAUAAGAUCCAACCAGAUGAGAAGCAUUAUGCUUGUAUGGUUGAUCUUUUGAGCCGGGCAGGGCGAGUGGAAGAAGCUUAUCAGUUAAUAGAAUCAAUGCACACUGAACCAGGCCUUGCCAUUUGGGUUGCUCUUUUGUCAGGUUGCCACAAUUACAGAAAAUUGUUGAUUGGAGAAAUGGCAGCGAAGAAAAUUCUCGAGUCAAAUCCAGAUGACUUGGGAAUUUAUGUUUUGGUUUCAAACUUUUUUUCCAUGGCCCAGAAGUGGGAUAAGGUAGCUGCCUUGAGGAAGAUCAUAAAAAACACAGGAAUGAGGAAAGUACCUGGUUACAGUGCAGUGGAAGUGAACGGCAAGCACCAAGCUUUUCUAAUGGAAGACAAGAAGCAUCAUCAAUGUGAAGAAACCUUGCAAAUAUUGGAUAGUUUGGAUAAUGAGAUGAGACCUAUCAGAUGCAACCCGGAGACAGAGUUCAUGUUUCAUGAAGUCAUACAGGAUUCCCCCAUUGUCUUCCCCGAUUGAGACGUCCUCCGUUUUGCCCAAGAAAGAUUGAUUAAAUCAUCAAAAAUUUGGAGUGAGAAAUGCAAUCAACUCCAAUUAGAUCUAUGCUUUUGAGGUUCCACUUUAAGUCCCCUGUUGAAGAAAGCGUAAUUUCCAAUCAUAUUAACAGCUGCUGCUUGUGGAGCUUAUGUUUCUGAUCAGAAUUAGAACUAAACAAGGUGUAGAAAACUUUCAAGACCUUAUGCCCUCAUUCUUGCAAUUCCCAUCGAGCGGAGAGAUUUCCCUAGAAGGCUAGUUGUAUUUAAAUUAGUUCCACGUGCAUAAGGUGUCAAUAAUAUAUUUGAUAGCUGUUAUUCCAAGAUCCCACCUCCCAUUGGUAGGGGGUUUUGCUGAGGACGGAGGAUUGUUUUUGAACUGGAACAGCAGGGCAGAGCUUCUAGACUGCAGGGUAAAAAGUGACUGAAGGAUAAAAAGUGACUUAAUAUUUGUUAAAUAAUCACUUUGAGACUGCAGCUUUGCGGCAAAAGGCCUGGAAGAUAAAAGGCCAUGCAAAUAAAAAGCACUUUAAACUGCUGUAAAAAAUGGACCAUCUUUCUAAUCUGAUUUCUGAGGCAUUUCUGAGGCAAGACUUUUGUUCCCUGGGACUUGUAUGACUGCCAGCAAUUAUCAAGCGGGAUAUAGGCUAUGACUACAGAUAUGCAUGUGCCUAAUCAUUCCGGAUCCUCUUUCAGAACCAAGCAGGAUUUGGCAUUAGAAGCUCUUGUGAGUUGAUGUCAAAGUGCUUACAGUCUUUGAUUUUCUGGCGCUUGCAGUCUUUGAGUUUCUGUAGAAUUUUCAGACGGGUGGAGUUCACUUCUGUAGUCAGAUAUGUUUUGAACUGCGGAAAAAAAAGGCGCAGAAAAAGCUGGCACGUUAGUGUAGUGAAGCAUUUUUUUUUUUUCAAGUAUCUGCAACACCAGCAAGUUGGUGUAGUGAAGCAUUUUUUUAAGUACCACGUCGAAUGAGAGAUUUUUCACUAGUGUAUAUCAUUUUGCAGAAACCAACAAUACUUUUUUCGUUUGUUUAA